AUGUACAUACUGAGGAGUAUAGUCGUACUCACGACUUUGUUCGCAGAUUUAAUAAAUGCACACUCUAAUGAAAGAAACCCUUUGACAUAUAUUUCAUAUGUCGAUACUCCGGAUAUUAGAACGCCGUCACAUCGAGUACAUGCCUUGUCGAGUUUUGAUGUCGUAUUUGGAUUACAUGGAGGAAACCAACGAGUGAAGCUUACAUUGAAGCCGAAUCAUGAUGUUAUUGCGGAUGGGGCGACGAUACAAUAUUUGGCCCCGGAUGGAACAGUGAGGCGUAAGGAAACCAUUGAUAGAUCAUCGCAUCGAGUGUUUAAAGGUUCGACAUGGCUACAACAUUAUGAAGGUGCGGAGUGGACGAAUGUUGGAUGGGCGAGGAUCAUGGUGAAAAAGGAUGGAGAUGAUCCUAUAUUUGAGGGUGCAUUUAGGUUGGAUGGUGAUCAUCAUCAUAUUCAGACGAGGACAAGUUUUAUGUCUACGAAACAUGCAUUGGAUCCGUCGUUACCGAAUGAAGAAAAGGAAUAUAUGGUUGUUUGGAGGGAUUCUGAUAUUGGGAGUGGGUAUACCGAAGACAAUGAAGGACUCAUGCACCCAGACUUGAGAAGAAGCGCGAGGGAAGAUCCAUCAUGUUCAGCAGAUGGACUCAUUUUCAACUCGAUGAAUAAUCCGAUCAACAACUAUGAGCCGAUGGCGAAACAGGAAGAGGGGUUCUGGGGAUCAAUCUCAACUAGAGCUAUAUACGGUCGACAAAUCGAUACACAAUCUGGUGGAAAUUCGGCAGGAGUCAAUCUCGUUUCGACUGUCGGAUCAUCAGCCGGAUGUCCUUCUACUCGAAAGGUAGCUCUCGUGGGUAUAGCUACUGAUUGCACAUAUACGGCUGCCUUCAAUUCCACAGAAACGGCUCGAGAAAACGUCAUUCAGGUUAUCAAUUCUGCUUCGGUGCAGUACGAGGAUAGCUUUAAUAUCACAUUGGGUCUACAAAAUCUUACGGUCAGCGAUGCUGCAUGCCCUGCUACUGCCGCCUCGUCGGCUCCAUGGAAUGUGGGAUGUAGUGAUAGUGUUACGAUUCAGGAUCGAUUGAAUCUAUUUUCUGCGUGGAGGGGUGAACGAGCCGAUACUAAUGCCUAUUGGACUUUGCUUAGUACUUGUGGUACUGGAAGUGCUGUCGGAUUAGCUUGGCUUGGUCAAGCAUGUGUUACGGAUGCACAAGUGGCCUCAACGUCAUCCGGUAAUGAAACUGUCAGUGGUGCCAACGUGGUUGUCAGAACGAGUACCGAGUGGCAGGUUCUUGCCCAUGAGACUGGACAUACAUUCGGAGCCGUCCAUGAUUGUACAUCGUCGACUUGCUCUGACGGGCAAACGGUCGCAGCGCAGCAAUGUUGUCCUCUUAAUGCACAAACAUGUGAUGCUGGGGGAGCGUAUCUGAUGAACCCAAGUACUGGAACUGGCAUCUCUAAAUUCUCGCCUUGUACCAUUGGAAACAUAUGUUCGGCCAUUGGAAGAAACAGCGUCAAAACCAGUUGUUUAACAGCCAACAAAGAUAUUACUACAAUCACUGGAAGUCAAUGUGGUAACGGAAUUGUAGAAAAGGGGGAAGAGUGCGAUUGUGGUGGCGCUAGUGGCUGCGGAAGCAAUAGUUGUUGUGAUUCAACCACUUGCAAAUUUACGACAAAUUCGGUUUGUGAUCCUAGUAAUGAGGAUUGUUGUACAAAAAGCUGUCAAUUUGCGUCAAGUGGUACGAUAUGUCGUGCUAGCACGGGUGUCUGCGAUCCUCAAGAAGUAUGUAGCGGAACUAUCGCUACAUGUCCUGUAGAUGCUACCUCUCCUGAUGGAACGUCUUGUGGCAAUUCUUCUUCAUUGGCCUGCGCUUCAGGUCAAUGUACUUCGCGCGAUCUUCAAUGCAAAACAAUAAUGGGGUCAUACACUACAGGCAACGAUACAUAUGCCUGUUCCUCAUCAGGCUGUCAAAUCUCUUGUGCUUCUCCCGAAUUCGGGGCUAACGUCUGCUACUCGAUGCAGCAAAACUUUCUCGAAGGGACCGCAUGUCAAGGUGGUGGCAAAUGUUCCAACGGUGAAUGCAAGGGAGCUUCCGUGGGUAAAGAAAUCACAUCCUGGAUUCAAGAACACAAAAAUCUCGUUAUAGGUUUGGCUUCUGCCAUCGGCGCUCUAAUCAUAUUUGGUCUACUUAGUUGUAUAAUAGGCAGAGUUAGAAGGAAGAGGGCAAUUAGACUGGCAAAGGAAAGAGCGGCUAAUCAACCACAAGGGUGGCCACAAGGCCCUGGGAUGUGGCAAGCUCCUGCUAUGUCCGGUGCCAGAAGUGGAAGGGGCGCAAGAGGUGCUAGCGCCCCCGAUGGAGGGAGUUGGAUAGAUGGUAGAUGGAGGCAAGCUCCUCAACCGCCUCCCGGGGCGUGGCAGCCGAGUGUUAGGUAUGCCUGA